AUGGAGUGCGAGGAAGAUGUAAAAGUGUUGAAAAUUUGUGUACCGCAUUCACUUCUUGAAAAUUGCAAAGACCUACUGCCUUACAGAACGAAGGAUGGUCCACAAAUCGGUUGUAUUUCUGCACGUGAUCGCAUUGAAUGUUUGGAACUUUUACAAAAUAAUGAAGCACAUGUAGUGGUAGUAUAUCCUGAAGAUGUAUUAUUUGCUGCAGGUUUGAGCAAUGAUGCUUUUAAAAUAAUAGCAGAAUUUAGAAACGAGAAAAAUGAUACAUUCGAAGAAGAAGAUCAAGUUCUAAUUAAAGCUUCAUCAAAAAUUAAAAGUUUUGAAGACUUAAAAGGUUUAAAAUCAUGUCUUCCAAAAUUUAAUUCGUACUAUGGAUAUAAGGUUAAUCCAUCGAUUCCAAGGUCAGAAAGAGAACUUAAGGCUUUGUCAGAUUUUUUCAACCAAUCGUGUUUAGUAGGUCCUUAUUCAGACGAUGAAAAUAUUAAUGAAGAAUGGAAGAAAAAAUAUUCAAAUUUAUGCCAACUGUGUGAAAAUCCAGUUAAAUGUGAUGAAUAUGACAAAUAUGCUAAUUAUGAUGGUGCUAUAGAAUGCUUAAUUAAUGGGGAUGGUGAUGUUGCGUUUACAACAAGAAGUGAUAUUCGAAAAUAUUUUGGUCUUUUAGGUGAUGAAGAGAAUGAAAAUGUCAAAAAUGCCAAUAUAAAUGAUUACGAAUUGUUAUGUGAAGACGGAAGUCGUAGACCGAUUAACGGAACAGGAUGUUCAUUGUUAAAGAAACCAAAUACAGCUUCUAUUACUACAACAAAAAUAACAGAUGAUCCAAUGCUAUUAAAUGGCUUAUUGUCGCAUUUGGAAACAUUCUUUAAAAAUGGUUUAAAUCAUUCAAGUGCUGAUCUUUUAAUUGAAGAGGGAAUGGAAUUGCAUAUUAAACCAACACCAGUUUCAGCACAAGAUUAUACGAAAGAAUUUAAAAAAUAUUUUGAACGAGAUGAAAGUUAUACAUACAAAGUAAAAUUAUGUGUAUCUACACACAUUGAUUUAGAAAAAUGUCAAGUAAUGGCCAAAAUUGCAUUCUUAUAUGACAUACGACCUGAAAUUCAAUGUUUUUUGUCGGAAAAAAAUGAAUGUGCUGCAGAAGUUGCAAAUGAUGAAGCACAUAUUGCUAUUAUUCCUGGCUACGAUUGGGAAAUCUUUGAAAAUAAAUAUAAGAAUUUAAAACGAUUAGCGUAUGAGAGUUGGAAUUUUCAUGAAUCUUAUAUUGCCUUAUUUAAUGGUUUCAAAAGGUACAAGUCCUCUAAAAAGUAUCCCAUAAAAUUCGAAAUGUCCGAUAAAAAAGCUUUUAGGGCUGCAUGCUUAUUUCACUUGUUGCAAGAAUACGAAGACCAGACACAGAAUUGUGAAAAUUUAAAUGGAAAUGUCACUGAAACAGAAGAUUAUAUUCUUGUUGUAAAUGCUACGGAAAGGCAUUUUUAUGGUAGGGAGCAACAUCUAUUGUGCUUGGAUAAAUCAACUUCUAAUAUUGGUGAUUUCUAUUAUUGCAAUUUGGAUUUGUACAUUCAAAAUGCUAUUUAUGUGAACGGUAAUAAAAGCGAUGCAGAAAUAGAAACUUUCAAAAACUUAAUUACCACUAUUGGAGAACAGUUUGGAAAUGAAGGAAUUUAUUCAAAUGGUUUCCAUAUAUUCGCAGAAUUUAAAGGAAAAAACGAUGUUUUGUUCAAUGAUUAUACAAUGAAUUUCAGUGAGGGAUUAGCUAAUUUUGAAACAAUGGAGGUAUUUUUCCGAGAUUUAAUGAUGAAAGUUUUAAAAUAUGACUGAGAAUAAUACGAAAUUUGGAUUGAAUAAUGCUUUUUGAAAAUUUAAUUGAUAUUUAGUGAUAAUAUAUGAGUUUGUACACCAUUUAAAC